ACUCCCAGGUUGGUGUCAGGAUCUGCGGGUUUGCUGGAAGUUGUUCUCCGGCUGGCUUUGGUUUGCCUGCGGUGACAGCGGCGUGGUCUCCGGAGGACCAUGUCUCUGGACUUCGGCAGCGUGGCACUGCAGACACAGAAUGAUGAAGACGAGUAUGACAAAGAAGACUAUGAACGGGAGAAAGAGGUACGUCAUUCAGAGAAAGGACCCAACUGCCCCACCUCAGCCCUGCACAGCUUUUUUAUUUGCUGGUCCAGAUUAUGUCACCUCGGUCACUUGGAAAGAAGUUAGAAUUCUUUAAAACAGAACCUGCACGGGGAGGCAACUUAGCAAGACGCUGUCACCAAAUAAAAAUUUUAUUUUUAUUUUUUCUUCUACUUUUUUGUUCUUUUUAUCCUUGAAAUAAAAUCGAUUUGGGGAAAAAAGUUUUUUAAAAAUGCUAGGGAUGUAGUGCAGUGCAGAGACCCUGGGUUCAGUUCCCAGUUUUGCAAAAGGAAACAGCAAAAAAUAAAUCAAUAAAACAAAACACCCCCCCCCCUUCUAAAAUUUGGUAUUUGGACUUUCCAAAGACAGACAAGGGGAAUGCUUGUUUUCCUGAAAAAGGAAUAACACAGCUUAGCAAUGCCAUGAGGUUUAACAUCGGUCCCAUGGCACGGUUCUUUAAGAACCUGGCGUUUAGAAGGCGACAGGGGCUCUGGAAGGGAGGACAGGCCCCAUGUUAGGUGCCUCCCACGUAACAUGGAGUGGGCGGAGUGCUGAGAGCCAGCAGUGGUCAUCUCGGUGGGGAAGCAGGUGCCGGGAGCCCCCACCCCGAGGAGGCAGAGGGCCCAGCCGUCAGGUGGGGCAGUGCUGGGUGCCUGGGACCGCAGGAGCCAGGGCAGGUGCGGGGUACGGCUGGCCCUCAAUUCCUGAGCAAUCUUCUGUAUCACAGCCCGGCUGUGGGGAAGCCAGGGGAGGGUUGUAAGCGGGGAAGUCAAAGAGGAAAGGAGCGAGGAGCUGACAGUGUUUUCCAAGUGGGCAGCAGAAACCUUUUCCCUGGUGACCGCCCGCCCAGGAAAGGGCGGUAACCUGCGGAAAUGAAAGGCACCUGAAAUGAGUCUGGCUUUAGUUAGAGUCCUCGGGGCCGAGUGAGGCUCCAUCUGACCUAUUCCUAAUACAUCAGGUCCUGUUAACAGUUUGGGUGAGCUGCAAAUGCUCACCAGGCGAAGGAGCAGGAGGAAAGGGCAGGAGGGCACUGCCUAAGGCUGCAGGAGGAGGAGACCCGGGUCCGAGCCUAGACACCUGCCAUCUGGGGGAGACGGGCGGAUUUCUCCUCCGCCCCCCAAGCCCUGGCUUGCCUGGGGACAUCUGCCCCUUCCUCCUGGCAGUGUUUGGCUUGGCAGCAGGUGGGCUGGCAGGGGGCAUCGGCCUCUCCUUCUCCAGCUGGCCAUGGUCCCCACUGCUCUCCGGGACACCUGUGAUUGCACUGCCUGCUUUGCUCUUGGGAAUUCUCUGACAGGUCCCCUGAGAGCACCUGAGUGUGUGACCCCAGCAGUGACAUCUGGAUUUCAGCAGGCCCCUCCCUGGUGCCGAGGAGGCAAGGACGGGAUGAGGGUUUCCUUAUUUUGAGAACCUGCAGCAGGAGAUUUUCACGGCUCUGAUGGCUGAUGGGGUCAUAGUCCCGGGGGUUCCAGUGGGUCAGGGUGACUGCUCCCUGGGACAGAAGACUUUCCUUGGGAAUGGCUUUGGGGAUGAGUAGGACAUUAACCCUUACCGCAAGCUUUGCUGCGUGGUGAAAAUUUCAAAGGGAUCUUAGUGGAGGAUGCAGUUAAUUCUUGGUAAUACAGAAAGUGGCCUCUGGUGUCACAUGCUCACAACGUCAUAGUCUGGGGUACAGAAUGUGGGUUCCUUGCGGGGAAGGACUCUGAAGAGUUGAUGUCCCUAAGGAUGAGUGUUUCCAGCCGACCAGAAGGAAAAGAUAGAUGCGUCAUGUGACUGCCACAAUGACUGUGGCUACAGCCCCAAGAAACUUCACAUUAAUAAGACAUUCCUCCUUAAAAUAAUUGCUGCAAGAGGAAAAGUGAGAUGAAGGGCAAGGAGCUUUUGGAUCUGCAGUAACAAAAACGGAAUUGUGGGGCUGGGGAUUUAGCUCAGCGGCAUAAGCACCUGCCUUGCAAGCAGGCAGUCGUGAGUUCGAUUCCCGGUACUGAUAAAAAUGAAAAAGACAAAAAAAAAAAAAUGCAGAAACGGAAUUGUUCUUAAAAAUUCAGCUGUGUGCGGCCUUUGUCACUGCAGGUUAAGCUAGUGAGGUGAGGGAUCAAACCUUCAGCUUGCUCGAUGGCCAGGAAGUGUGACAGCCAAAGAGUUGACAACUUUAAGAUAAUAAAGCACACAGCAAGCCUGACAGCACACGCCUGUGAUCCCAGCACUGGGGAUGGGCAGGAGGGUCACCUGGGCAAGUGACUACAGAUAUAGAGCCAUAAAUCAAUGGUUGGGUACACAGCUCAGUGUAAAGUUCCUGGAUUCAGUCCCCACUAUGUGAGACAGACAGACAGACAGACACACACACACACACACUCACACACUCAGGCAAGCUGGUCUUUUCAGGCCUGCCCAGCUGGGAGUUCAGGACCGCAGCUGGGUUGGAACCACUAGCAGUGGAAGAAGGCAUCUGGCUUUCUCUGCUCAGCGAACCACUUUGUGUACAGUGUUCUGUGGUGAGCUAAAAACCUUGCAGUCCGCCCUGCUAAAUAAAGGUUUGUGGGCGCUCUUUGCAAAGGCAGGAUGGUCCUGAUUUCUGUACCGUGGGAGUAGCUAGCUGCUAAUGUAACACAACUGGCCGAGCUGUGUUUAAUUUUGUUGCUUUGAUGCCGGUGGGAAUUUGAUCCACAUUUGCCCUUUAUUCAUUGAGAAAGAUGUUGGAUUCCAACCUCCACGCUACCCUAGUUAGCAAGUACGAUCUUGUUUCUGGCUAUACUGUUCUAUUUUGUCUGUUCUGCUUUUUGUCCCAUGUUGUUUGCCUUGAAGAUCAGAUGGAGAAAGCACAUUUAAUCUUGAGAAAAGGAUUCAUACAGCAACACACUCUUCAGGAGGCGUUUAGGCCAGUGGACUCUCAAGCCACAGACCACCAAGAACAGGCCCAUGUUUUGCAAACAACUUUAACGAUUUUGCAGGAAGGCAGGCACCGUGGUCAUUUCUAAGUUGCUGCAACUCUUAAAGGUACCGUGGUAAAAGUGUGGCCACCACUGACCAAGAAAGGCAAAACCCACAGCUUCACAAGCAUCCGUCACUGCAUCUUGCAGGCAGUCUAUACACAGACCAGGGUGACGCUGCAGGAAGUGGCAUUGUGUCAGGGUUCAUGUCACUUAGUCUCACAGGUCACACGUGCCUCCAGCUUACUGUGAUGCGUGUUCGUUUUGUGCUGAGCUGCUGGUGUUGCCCUUCUGGUUCUCAGUAGAACCCACCUGGAGAAUUUAACUGAACUUUUACUUAUAAAGCUGGCCCAGGAAAGAAAUCAAAAGCUCCCUUAUUAACCCAUUCCUAGUGUCAUAAUGCGACUUUGCAAAGAACACUGGCACUGAGUGGCAUCGUUCCUCACAGCAUCAUAGCUGGCUGUGACAGAUGUGUCGUCCUUUUUGUGAUAAGCAUGGUGGUUGUUACAAGCUUCUAAGUUAUGGGUAAAGCCACGGUUUAAUUAAGGUUGGUUGUCACUCAGGAGUAUCACAGGCAUCCUGCAGUGCCUCCAGAAGUAGCUCUGUGACUGUUGCUUGGUCCUGGGCAGUAAAGUGACCUGUGCGUGUCUGCAGGCACUAGGGACUCAGGGCAGAAAAACUUGGCCACCUGUGCUGUCCAGGUGCUGCUCGCUGGCACUGAUCUGCUGAGAAUGCUGGUGAGCAGAAAGGCAGGUGGUUAAGGAAGCAGGUGGCAGACAAGGCUGCCCCUGGCCCUGCCGCCCUGGCCCCUCAGGGCUCUGCUGCUGCCGUUGCUCUUGCCACUCCUCCAACAGAAGGGAACUGUUCCCCUGAGCGGGCCUGUGCCCCUGAGCCAGGGCUGCCACCCUGCACUGCUCCUCCCUUCCUGCCUUGCCUGAUGCCAUCUUGGGGACCUUUUGUCUCUUGUCCCACUAGAGGGUGCUGUAAAGCUGUGCUCACUGACCUUCCAUAUUAUUUGACUUAUUCAGUAGAACUUUUUUUUUCUCCAAGAAAAUUCAAGAAACAAAUGGUUGUGUCUUAACAUAUUUUUUCUUACGUUUAUCUGCAGCCAUUUCCAAUACAUUAUCUGGAUUGUUUCUCAUGAGUUUCCCCCAUUCUCUACAGGUCUUUUUUCAAGGACUGUCACUUUUACUUUUCUUCCCCCCUUUUUUUUUCUUUUCUGGCAUUCUGAAUAUAGCAUAAUUCAUAAACUAAAGAUGCAGCUGCCAGAUUAUUUUGGUCCUUUGACCAUCCCAAAUUGUGCUUUUUCAAGUAAGUUUUAAAUUUGGUUCUCUUGUUAAAAUAGGUUCUGCUUAGUGGGCACCCACGAGGGCAUUGUUUCAUAGUGUGUACUGGCAGGAUCUUCUCAGGAGUGUAGCCUCUUCUACAGGAAAGUGACUGUCGGCUACCCUAGCUGCUGCUUUUCUCUGGGGAGAUGUUUUGUGUGGUUUGUAAUAGGAGAAUACUUCUUUUCCUGCGUCUCAGAGAUUACAGGCUCCCACGACAGUCUGUCUGUUAAUUUAAGUUGAGAAUCCUAACAAGGGGCUCACCUGUCAUCUGAAAGAGUCCUUUCCAGGGACAGGGAUUUAUAGACUAUCUCAGAAGCUUUCCCAGUGGCACAUUCUCUUUUUUUCCCCUCAGGAAGGCAUUUCUUAAAUUAUUUAAUUUAGCUGGUACACACUACUGUCCCCCUGGAAAGCUUGCAGCCAAAAAAUAAUCUGUCGACUUUGAAACUUAUGAAUAGGCUUAAAUCUUGUCACUUACAAGGAUUAUCCUUUUUUCGUCCUUGAAUCUAUUAUAUGGAAGUUGGUGUGUCUUUAAUGAAGACCGUUUAUAGUUUACAAGAUUCUCUAUUUGGCAUCAUGCAUGCACAGCAUAGCAGUUUCAGCGCAGGGCAUAAUAACCAAGGGCAGCUUGUCCCUGUGCGGUUUUACUGGGAGGCUUUUUGUUCCUUUAGCUUUCCUCUGUCCUGAGGUUAGAGAUGUCAAGGGAUAAGGAAGCCCUGCCAAAGAUCUUGAUGGAAAUGUUUUCUGAAGGUGAACGAAAUUAUUUAAAAAUUGUGAUAUAGCUGUAAAACAUCUGGCUCAAAUAUCAGAGGGCUGGGAUUUGCUAAUUGUUACCUGUGGAUCCAGAGCAUUUUGGUAAUGCAUGAGCAUUAAUUAAUUUUAUGAAAUUUGUGAUAUCACAAAGAAAGCUGCAGUGAUCACUUCAGUAUUACGUAGGCUUUUCUGUCUGUGUGAGGGGGGAAAUGUACCGGUCAGCUGCCCGUCAAGCUUGCCCUGGAUUAUAGGCUGUGUACUUGAACCUCAUCAAAGGUUUAAGAGAAGAUUUUCUCUCUGUGUAGGAAUCCUUAUUCAAUUGCAGCAGCUGCUCACUGACCUUCCUCAUGACAUGCUGGACGACGAGCCCUCCUCUCCUGAGCUCCAGGACUCGGACUGCAGCGAGCACGGCCUGGAGGGACAUCUCCAUUCUUCUGAGCAGCUGGAGAUGAACUGGAAUAAGCCCCAGGUGCUGGCCAGGUCUUGCAGUGCAAAUGGCUGUCAUGAAAUUCAGGCUUGUGUUGGAAAGACAUGCGGCAAUGGCUGGGGAGAAAAUCACAGUGAAGCUGAGGAUGGACAUCCUGGGUCCCCUCUGGGAGAAGGUGGAGAUGAAGGCGGAAGUGGUUACAGCCCUCCAGACAGAUGUCAACAGACCAACGUGUAUCACCUGCCCGAGCACAUGAGGCCAUGCAUCAGUAGUCAGACACCGGAGUUCAGUAACCAGCCGACCAACGUCAUUAAAUUCUCAGCUCCUCCAAGGAACCAUUUUCAGCAAUUUGGUUCAACACAAGGUCCCAGUAGUCAAGCAUUGGAGCCAUAUAAAGUGAUAUAUAAACCAUAUCAACCUUCUGUCCAGAAUAGCCCGCCAGCCCAGGAGAUAGCAGAAAGUGACACAUUUGAAGACCUGCAACAACAAUUUUUAGGAGCUAAUGACAUUCUCUCUAAAGCAGAUUGUGCAGAGAAUGUGCAGAUUGUUCAACUUCGUGUUCUCAACAAAGCAAAAGAGAGACAACUGGACAAUCUGACUGAAAAGUUAAAUGAAAGUGAACGUCAAAUUCGAUAUCUGAACCACCAACUUCUGAUAAUCAAAGAUGAGAAAGAUGGUGUGACCCUUAGCCUUCGAGAAUCCCAGAAGCUUUUACAGAAUGGGAAAGAAAGGGAGAUACAGCUUGAAGCACAAAUAAAAGCACUGGAGACCCAAAUACAGGCUUUAAAAGUCAAUGAAGAAAAGAUGGUCAAGAAGUCCCGGACGACCGAGAUGGCUCUGGGGAGCUUGAAGCAGCAACUGUUGGACCUCCGUCACUCCGAGUCGCUGCAGCGAGCCAGGGAGCAGCAUGAGAGCAUCGUUGCAGGCCUCAAGGAGAAGUAUGAAGAGCAGGUGUCGUCCUUACAGGAGACUUUGGACGCUACAGUCGCCACCCUUAAGGAACAGGAAGAUUUUUGCUCUCGUUUAAAAGAUCACGUGAAGCAGCUGGAAAGGACCCUAGAAGCCACCAGGGUGGAGAAGACCGAGGUCAUCAGCAGGCUGUCGCGGAGCCUAGAGGAGACGCAGCAGCAGCUCGUCCACCUGCUGCAGUCAGGCUCUGUCCAGGAGGCGGCGCAGCUGCAGCUCCAGCUGCAGCAGGCACAGAAGGCGCAUGCACUGAGUGAAAGCAUGAACAGGGCCUUGCAGGCGGAAUUAACGGAACUGAAAGAUGAAAUUUCUCUCUAUGAAUCUGCUGCAAAGCUAGGAAUACUUCCGAGUGACUCUGAAGGAGAAUUAAACGUAGAACUCACCGAAUCAUGUGUGGAUUUGGGUAUUAAAAAAGUCAACUGGAAAAAACCCAAAGUUAACAGCCCUGUGCAGCAGGAGGACCUGGAUGAGGAAAUUUCCAAGGACGAGGUCAUCCUGAGGCUGAAGGCGGACGUACAGCGUUUGCUGGACAGCAACUCGGUGAAGCGUCACCUGGUGUCUCAGCUGCAGAGCGACCUCAGAACCUGUCACCAGAAAAUUGAGUCUCUCCAGCAAGCGAAGAAGGAUGACAGAACCCUGGAGGUUGAGUUGAAAAUCGAUACUGCAGGAAAACCCAUGACUCCAUUACAGCCUGGCUUGCCUCCUUCUGAUGUGAUCGUCCAAGAAGAUGUCCUGCAACUUAGAAGUGAAAUUCAGGUUUUGCAACAACAAAAUCAGGAACUUAAAGAAGCUGAAGAAAAGCUGAGAAACACAAAUCAGGAUUUAUGUAACCAAAUGAGGCAGAUGGUACAGGAUUUCGACCGUGAUAAGAAGGAAGUUGUAGACAGGUGUGAGAGGACCUACCACCAGCACCACGAGGCCAUGAAGGCCCAAAUCCGCGAGAGCCUGUUAGCGAAGCACACUGUGGAGAAGCAGCAGCUCUUUGAGGCUUACGAGGGCACCAACUUGAAACUGCGGUCUGACCUGGAUAAGACGAACAAGGAGCUGGUGGCCGUGCAAGAGUGUUACCUACAGGUGUGCAAGGAAAAGGACAAUCUAGAAGCAGCGCUCAGGAAGACCGUCAGCAAGGAGCAAGAGGCCCAGGAGCAGAAGAGACAGCUGUUGGAAGAAAAAGAAGAGCAUAUAAGCAGCCUUCAGUUGGAGCUUGAAGAAAAGUAUCAAGAAGCGCUUGCAGUGGAAAAAAACAAGUGGCAGAAAGAACAGGAAACUGACACUGAACGGCGGAUUGAGAAUGAAGUGAAGUUAGCCAAGGCGCGCUGGGACGCGGAGCAGAAGGAGAUCAAACGGAAACUAGUUCAGCAGCUGGAGAAGGUGUGGCAGGCGAAGCUGGAUGAGACCCUAAAGGCGGCGUCGAGAAACAAGACCUCAGACUGUGGCAGCCAGACUCAAUGCACAGCCACCCCGGGUGUCGUUUCCAAGGUGGCGGGGGCAGCGGCUGUGGGAGAGCAAAAGCUCCAGGUCCAGUGCAUCUCGGGGGGUGAGAAGCAAGCAAUUGACCCGGGGGCCCUCAAGAAACUCGAAAUGGACCUGGAACUCAAAUAUUGUGAGAAUAUCACCAAACAGGUAGAAACAGCUGUGCAAAAUGCUCGUCGUCGGUGGCUGGAGGAACUGCCAGAGCUUGCAGAGUACAAAGCACGCCUGAGAGCCGAGCGGAAGAAGUGGGAGGAGCAGCAGGAGGCCUCCGUGGCCAAGCGGCUCUCAGUUGCGGUGUCUGAAGCUAAAGAGAGAUGGAGGAGCGAGCUGGAAAACGCUAGGAAGAAUGCUGCGCCCAGGCCAGAGCUGGAAGAGAAGAUCCGCGCUCUGCAGAAGGAGCUGGAGCUGAAGAGCGAGGAGCUCCCCAUGGCGGUCAGAGCCGAGCUGGCCAAGGCGCGGAGUGAGUGGAACAAAGAGAAGCAGGAAGAAAUCCACAGACUGCAGGAGCAAAACGAGCAGGAUUACCGGCAGUUUUUAGACGAUCAUCGAAAUAAAAUUAACGAGGUGCUUGCGGCAGCCAAAGAAGACUUUUUGAGACAAAAAGCAGAACUGCUUUUGCAGAAGGAGACCGAGUUACAAGCCUGUCUAGACCAGAGCCGGAGGGAAUGGGCCAUGCAGGAAGCCGGGCGUCUCCAACUCGAAAUCCAUCAGUACGAGGAGGACAUCCUGAUGGCCCUUAGCCUCCUCCUAGGGGACACUCCGGAGGAGGACGCGGAUGGUUCCGAGGACAAGCAGCUUUUGGAAAUCAUGCUGGCUUGCUCUUCCAAGUGGGCGUCUACGCAGUAUUUUAAGAAACUAAAAGCCUGCAUAAGGAAAGCCCUGCAAGGCAUGCUUAGCUUACAUGCAGGAGAUGCCGGGCCAGAAUGGGAAAAGAGGAGCACGGCCCAGCCUUCCAUAGGCCCUGCCAGCAGAGGAGACCCCGGGGUCCCAGCGCCUCAGCCCAGACCCCCUGCAGGACCCGAUGCCCAGCCCUCAGCGUUGCUGGAAGCAGCCCCAGGAGCUGAUAAGAAAGAGGUCCCUGAAAUUAAGGAUCUGUGCUGUGGACAGUGCUCCCAAGAACUUGAAAAGUCAAAGCAAGAAUGCCAAGACUUGAAACGGAAACUGGAGAGGAGCUGCAGGCAUCUUCAGCAUUUGGAGAGGAAGCACAAAGCCGUGGUGGAAAAGAUUGGAGAAGAGAAUACUAAAGUUGUUGAAGAAUUAAUAGAAGAAAACAAUGACAUUAAGAAUAAAUUGGAAGAGCUGCGAACGUUGUGCAAAGUGCCACCAAGGUCACAGUCAGAGGGGGCCGCGGAAAGCGCUUGUCGGCCCAGCAACCAGCAGGCCUUGGAAGAGCUCCGUGGGCAGUACAUUAAAGCUGUCAAGAAGAUUAAGCGUGACAUGCUGCGAUACAUCCAGGAGAGCAAGCAGAGGGCCGCAGAGAUGGUCAAGGAAGAGGUGCUGCGGGAGCGCCAGGAGACGGCCCGCAGGAUGCGCAAGUACUACCUGAUCUGCCUGCAGCAGAUCCUGCAGGACGAUGGAAAGGGCGAAGGGGCCGAGAAAAAGAUCAUGCACACUGCUAGCAAACUGGCCACCAUGGCGAAGUUGUUGGAAACGCCAACUUCUCACCGGCUCCAGGGCAAAGCCACACAGCCAGCAGCACUGCCCCUGGCUUCGGAGAUGCUGGCUGAAGCUCAAGAAUCGACAAAUGAUGUGGCCCCAAGUGCCCUGAGCUGCCCUGGAAGUGACCAGGAGAACACAGCAGCCGGCCCCCGACAGGCUGUUACCAAGAGAGCUGCCUGUGACUUGCAGAAGCGCUGGGAGGAUCCCGAGCACACAGGCCUGAAGCAGGUGGGCUUCAAAGGGUCACCUUCAGACUUCCAGUUUGGGGACAGUCCUUGCAAGCACAAGGACAUUUCACCAAAGAGUAUUUCUCCCGAGUUCUCGCUGUGCAAAGGUGAAGGAGGCCUGGCUGUACCCGGGAGGAGAGAACUACGCAGCACCCCGGCCUGUGCCCCGUUUCUGCAGCCAGCAGCGCCCGCCCCGCACGGGAGCCUUGGCAGUCAGCCCUGCGCUGGACACAGGCCGGUGCUCACAGAGUCAGGGUGCAUGCUCGAGGAGGACGCCACUCGCCAGCCGAGUGGUUCUCGUGUCCAGGAAGUGCCAGUGAAGGAUGGCGGGCCCCUGGCGGACUCGCUGGGCUGGCUCUCGGACAGCGCCACGCCGUCCUGUCCUAGUCUCGAGGUGUCAUUUUUAUGCGAUCAGCCCCAAGGCACCCUGGAUGUGCCCAGUGAACCCAUGAAGUUUGAGCCCUUCUCAGCAGCGAGUGGCUUUUCCACCACAGAGGAAAGUGGUGCAGAUGAAGCCAGGCGUCCCCCGCCAGGAAGGCUACACAGGACUCGGGGACCCCCGUCUUCCCCAAGGGCUGCUCCGUGGGGGAAGUCGGGGUUCAGAACUCUGAGCAGUGCACUGCCUUCCCAGACGCUCAGCGCCCACCUGUCCAAUCAGCAGGACAGUGGCUUCGACAGCCCAUUCGUCCACCCGGACUAAGCAUGCACAAGGUGGAGGGAACCACCGUCCGUCCACGGGAAGCUGAAAGAGAAGGCUUCAGACCGGAGAAGCCGUGGGCUCUGCCUGCGUGGAGAUGUUUUAAUAACAGCUUUUAUUACGAGUAAAGUAUUCUCAUAAAACUCCUCGGGAUAUUUAUGUCGCCUUCAUCUUCCAAAGGCCGGAUGGCGAAUAUGUGACCUGCUGUUUUGUGGUGCUUGUAUUUGGUUGCUAAACCAUCUAUUUUUAUACUCCUGAGUUGGCUCAGUCUGCUGUGUUAUUUAAAUAAAAUUGCAUGUGAUCUACA